CAUCGCGAGGGCCGCCAUUCGGCCAUACAGUAAAAAAUAAAAUUAAAAAUAAUGUUAUGAAAAAUCAGCCAGUCUUUAACUUAAAAAAUUUCAACUAGUGACGUGAAAAAAAAUAUCGAGCAAACUUAUUAGAAAUCAAAAUGUCCAGUCACGAAUCAAUACACAUGCCAUUAACAGGCUCCGACAUAAUAAAAGUGAUCAUAAAGUUCACUGCCUAUUUACUGUUUUCCAUUAUGUGCCACGAUAGUGAGAAGGAGUUGUUAUAAACGACCGUUUAAUUCAUUAUGGAAUAAAAUGACAAUAACAUUUUACGACAAUAAAUUAAACUAGAUUAAUUAGACGAUCAAGUAGAUUAACAAUGGCGAAUACAGCACAUUUGAUGAGGCGACAGAGUUCGCGGGACCUCUACGCUCAGAGGUCUAUAGACCGGAUGGAGAUGAAAGAGUUGCGUGGGAGACUGGUCACCAUGGAGAAUGGCCAUCCUUCCCACCGAGCUCACGUCAUGUACGGAGCUACGAACGAGGCAUUCGAAGAUACGAGCCCAAACAGGCGAUCUUCUGAAACUCCGACCAGUAAGGCCAGUUCUGUGGAAGAACAAGGGGGGGUAAAGCCUGAAGGUGGUGGAGGAGAGAGGGAAUCUUGGGAUAGUAAGCUAACAUUUCUUUUAGCAACGGUCGGGUAUGCUGUUGGCUUAGGAAACGUGUGGAGGUUCCCGUAUCUAGCUCAGAAGAACGGUGGAGGAGCGUUUUUGAUACCUUACUUUGUGAUGCUGGCUAUUGAAGGGAUUCCGAUAUUUUAUUUGGAGUUAGCGAUCGGGCAGCGUCUGCGCAAGGGGGCUAUAGGCGUGUGGCACCAGGUGUCGCCGUAUCUGGGGGGCAUAGGGAUCAGUUCGGCGGUGGUGUCGUUCAACGUUGCCUUGUACUACAACUCUAUAAUCGCGUGGUGCCUGUUCUACUUCGCGCAGAGCUUCCAAGCUGAGCUGCCGUGGGCUGAGUGCCCGAAGAAAUACUUCGCAAACGGAUCCUAUACGACUGAGCCGGAAUGUGCCGUAAGCAGUCCGACCCAGUACUUCUGGUACCGAACUACCCUGCAAAUCUCGGACGAUAUCAACUACCCACAAAAUUUCAACUACAAAAUAGCAUUGGCGCUCGUCGUAGCUUGGAUCCUCGUCUACAUGUGUAUGAUUAAAGGCAUCGCUUCAUCAGGAAAAGUCGUUUACGUCACCGCAACUUUCCCCUAUAUUGUACUAGUUAUAUUCUUCUUUAGAGGAAUCACGUUAAAAGGUAUGAGCGAUGGUCUCAUUCACCUCUUCACGCCGAAAUGGCACACUAUUUUAGACCCUGUUGUCUGGCUCGAAGCGGGCACCCAAAUAUUCUUUUCGCUUGGCCUAGCUUUCGGCGGCCUAAUUGCCUUCUCGUCGUACAACCCUGUCGAUAACAACUGUUACAGAGACGCGAUAAUGGUCUCUAUGACGAACUGUCUAACGUCUAUGUUCGCUGGCAUCGUUGUUUUUUCGAUUAUAGGCUUCAAAGCCACAAUGGUGUACGAAAAAUGUUUGGAAGAUCGGAAUGCUACGUUAUUGGAUGUUUUCGGACCAGCUUAUAAGUCAAUGGUGUUCCCUGACGCUGGACAGAUGGUGGCGGUGAACAGAAACGGGAAUUUCAUCAAUUUAUUAAUGCCUCAUUUGCCGGAGUGUGACCUUCAGAAGGAAUUAGAUAAUACAGCCUCAGGCACGGGUCUCGCGUUCAUCAUCUUCACAGAGGCGAUCAACCAGUUCCCUGGAGCUCAGUUCUGGUCGGUGCUGUUCUUCCUGAUGCUGUUCACACUGGGUAUUGACUCCCAGUUCGGCACCCUGGAGGGGGUCGUCACGUCUAUUGUGGACAUGAAGCUGUUUCCCAAUCUGAGGAAGGAAUAUCUUACUGGAGGUCUAUGCCUGGUCUGCUGUCUAUUGUCUAUGGGAUUCGCCCACGGCGCUGGCAGCUACAUCUUCCUACUAUUCGACAUGUACAGUGGGAACUUUCCAUUACUCAUCAUUGCCUUUUGCGAGUGCAUCGGCAUUGCGUAUGUCUAUGGGGUCAAAAGAUUCGCAGACGACAUAGAACUAAUGACUGGCACCAGACCAGGGAUCUACUGGCUCAUCUGCUGGAAGUACCUAUCUCCAAUGGCGAUGUUGGCCAUCCUGAUAUCUUCGUUCGUGGAGCUGGCCACAGACGGAUCAGGUUACGACGCCUGGAUACCGUCAGAGGGCGACACUGUUAAGAAGCCGUGGCCUAUUUGGGCUGUUCUGUUGGUUGUCGUCUUGGUACUUGCCUCUGUGCUGUGGAUUCCUGUAUUGGCCAUUUGCAGAUACUUCGGUAUACCAAUAAUAGAUGAUGAAGAAAGGGCCUGGUUUCCUGCUGAAGAGCUGCGCGACUUCCACGGCAUUGAACCAAGGCCGGUGUCCGCAACAGAAACAUUAUUAUUUUGCACGCGCCCGGACGGCAGCGAGCGCUGCUGCUGGCCGGGCUGCUGUGACACCGACGACGACGAGUAAGGGAUACCCAACUAGCGAUUAUACUCGUCCCUCCUUCCAUUGUGACGGGUAUAAAUCGGACGUUACAUGAACAAUCAUUGUGUAAUUCAAAGCAUUUAAAUCCUGAAAAAAAAAAUGCGUCGUAAGAUUCCUUCACUAGGAGACAGGUUACAACCGAGUAAGAGUUUUAAGGAUGUUGAUUAGCGUAUGUGAGACAUCUAUAUGCGAGCAAGAAGACAACAUCGCAGUAAUCGUAGCGCUUCUAAACUCCACGUGUACCAGCGAAUGCGUAGUUCGUAUCAGUGCUUUUAUUUACCGCAAUAAGAAACCAGCAAUGUAUACGGAAUCCGCCAAAGUUUUGCAAACUGUUCGACGACAUUGUGAAGCCGGCAUAACACAAUAACACAAUUGGGAGUGUCAAAGAAAUCAAGUUAUAGCAUUUUAGUGGGUCUCCUGUCUCCUGGUAAAUUUGCGCCAGAAGGCGAUACGGCUUUCCGGAGAUUCGGGAUGUCUGAAUGUCUUUUUCCAUGUGGCUGGUGGUCUGCUUAAACCCUAACGACUGUACUCUACACUACAUUGACAAAUGUGAUUUGCAUCGAAUCGUGGAGAGAGGAGAGAGCGAAUUAAUGAGUUUCGAUAUCGAUAGUACCUAUACAUCGAUUAAUAUUUUGUAUCGAAACGCAAACAAUGCUUUCAUAAAAAGGCCGGUUUUACCGAUUUGAUGUCCCCAGAAGCCCUAAAACAUGGCAAGAUUUAUGAGAUUUAAUUUUAGCCAAGAGUCCGCUGGGUAAUAUGAUAAUCAAGAUCUGCCGAUCCUUACUAGUUUAAAAAAGUAGUUGUGAAAAUGUUGAAAAUUGUCCUGACUUUUUGGUCAUAAAAAUAUAUGAUUAUAUUAUGAACUAAAUUUUGUAUAAGUAUACUAUUAUUUAUUUCCAUAAAAGGACACCGUAAAAAUCGAUUAAAAACGCAGUAAAUCGUAGUUAAAUUGUGAUUUUAAUAACAAUUAUAAUGAUCAACUGUGCAUUUAGACGACAAUACUAAUAUUUAUAAUUUCAUCGAUAGUAUAAUGAGGAAAGAAUAGUUACGCAUAUCGACAAUAUGACAAAACAUUUCGAUCAAACAUAUCUUAUAACUAUAAAAUCCCUUUUAUAAUCUUUUGGGCCCUAUAGUCUAACUUGAAUAAAUAGGUACUUAUAUUUACCUACCGAAAUACAUCUAAGGGUGCGUUGCACCAGUCUACUUGACGUUAACUUUAACCUGCGCAGAGAAACGUAAAGUACGCCAUUUUAUCAAAGCGACGGGAGCGCGGAGGUUAAAAUACGGAUUCGAAAAAAUAAAAAUACAGAUUCAUUUUAUCACAAUUAAAUAACGAUUAUUUUAUUAACUGUCUGUUUUUAUAUCGUACAUAAGUACUUUUGAAUUGUUAUUAUUAUUAUUAAUUAUUAUUUAAGUACUUUGAAUUAUAUUUGGAAAAUAGAUAGGUUGCAGUAAUAACUGUACUGAUUAUAAUAUUUUAAGAUUUUCUAUUAUAACUUAUUUCAUACAUGUAUGACAAUAAAUAAAAAUAUUGGCAGCUACAUACCUAACUUAGUAUAAAACUGAUUCUGUAAUGACUAUAUUGGUACAAUAAAUUGAUUAUUCGUGACAAUAAAUCUACAAGUAAAAUUUAUUCUUCUAUAGAUGUAAAAUUGUUUUAGUUCUAUAUUUAUUGUUACUAAAAAUGUAUAUUCCACGAACGACAAUACAGUUUUGAUGUAUGUAUUAAAAAUUUAGUUCAACGAUAGUAAUUAUAUAACAUUGUUGAAUUUUUAAAUGAAGAUAAAAGUUUUAUUUACGUGUUUUGAAAAAGUAUGAAAACUAUCGUAAGUAAAUAUUUUAGCAGAAGCUGUUAUAAUUUACAAAAUAAAAGCAAUGCCAAGAAUUAAUUGCUCUAAUAUUCGUAGUCAUAAAAUAAAAGACAAUAAAUUUGUUAAUGAACACAAUACUUUUAUUUCAAGAAUUAGGGGAUUUUGCAUUUUGAUAUUAAUUAUACAUACUUAUUGUAUUUAUGAAUAAAAAUAUUUUGCAAUCUAAUUUUUAAAUGAUCAUCAUUUAUAUAAUUAGAUAGAUGUUUUAUACAAUUUAUUUGAUUGUGUGCCAAUAUAAUAUGUACCGUAAACUUACAAAAUUUACAUUUAUGAAGUGAAUUUAUAUUUUGUAUUAACUAGAUAUUUAUUUGUUUUAUAAAUCGAUGUUGUUUAAUUUAUUCAAUAUAAGAAAUUAUAUAAAUGUUUCAAAUUAUUUCCUUUGGAUCUAACAUGCGUUAAAUGGCAAAUACCCACAUAACUGUUUAUAACCAUAUAAAAAUAAUAAUUAUAAGAUUCGAUGUGAUAAUGAUUGUUACAUUUUUUGAUUAAUAUUGCUAGACAUAUUUACUCCCAUUGUACCUAUAUUAUAAACAUUUAUCGUUGGUUUUAUAGCUUCUAUAUCUAGUUGUUAUUAUAGGCACUGAUUAUGUAGUAUCUGUAAGAAAUUUAGAAGUAAUAAAUAUAUAUCAUACGUCCUCUAAUAUGGCCAAUAUGGCCAUGUCACUAAUGUAUUUAAUAAUAAUAUAUAUAUUGUUGUUUGUUGUCAUGACAUUAUGAAAACUAGGCAUCAUACUGUUAUUACGUAAGAAUAAUAGUCUACUCUUUCAUCCAUCGUUUAAUUUAUAUAACAGAUUUGUAUCAGUAAAUGAUAAUUAAUAUAACGAGUUUUUUAAAAAAGCUAGAAAUUACUAUAUGUAUAAUAAAUAAAUAUAUAUGAUAUUAAAAAAUAAGUCGUUAAACAAUUAAUGACUUUAAAUCUAUUUAAAAAGCACCGCAAGUCUUUAUUAACUGAUAAAUGUUAUUAUACUUUAAAUGAUUUCUUUAAUGAUAGACUCGGAUAGAAUUUAGGGCUAGUAUAAGUACAUUAUAAUUCUUUUUUUGUUUUGGAUUUGUAGUGGAUAGCAUGCUCCUCUUUAUUUAAUUAUAUUUGCAUACCUAUAUUCGGUAAAACGUGUAGGUUUAAUUCAUUGUGACUAUUUGUACUCAUGUUUUUGGCAAAUAAAUGUUUUCUUUCUUUCUUUCUUAUUUCAUAUAUUCUUUAAUGAUUUCUAGCUUUUUUUGAAACUCUC